CCCAGCCCCAUCUCCUCCCCGCCGUCCUGUGGGUGCAGCCGGGCUAGGCAUGGCGGCGGUGGAGAGUAGAGUGUGUGAGACCGAGGACUGCACCAGCGAAGCCAAGCUGCAGUGCCCAACAUGCAUCAAACUGGGCAUCCAGGGCUCCUACUUCUGCUCACAGGUACACCUUAUUGGGUAGGGGGAAGUCAGCGCCAGCCAUUGCCCUCCUGCUUUGCCAUGCUGCCAGUGUGCUUACCAUGCAUGUGCAGACCCUCCAUGCGCCACAGUCACACUGGGUUAUAGAUGGGGCACAGGACUACCCUAUGUAUACCCCAUAUACAGGCACAUACAUCUGAAAAAGGUUUCCACACUGCUUUGUCAUCACUCUCCCUCACAGACACUGACACAUCCAUUUUUAUGGAGGAGGUGGUGUCUGAAUGAACCUGAUUCAUUGUUAGAUUUGCAAGCUUGCUGACAGGGCCCUAUCCUUUUAAAUCCGUUUCUCCCUGUCAUAUUAUGUUUUUUCAUUUCGCUUUAUAUACAGAACCAAACUGCUUAUUGCGUGCUUUACACAUUGUAAUACAUUCCAUUCGAAUCAUUUAAUGUGUGGUGGGUAACAUUACAUCGGAACCGCCUCUGUUACCCUGCACCAUUAGAGGGGAUAAAGUACAGAAAGGUACAAAUUGUCUGAGUAAGGAAUCAAUGAGGUUGUCCUGCAUGUUAUUUGCAGUAAUUUGAUGCAUGCUCCUCCAUGCUUGGUUUUGUAUUGUACAUGGUACACAUGCAGUUAAACCAGUCUUGGUUCAUUUCUCCUUUUUUAUUUUCUUUGUAAAGAUAAUAUUUAUCUCUUCACUCUAUGAAUAACUUACACAAAAUGCAUACUGUUACCUUUUAUGUAAAUGAAUGUGGCUGAUUUGAAAACAAAAUCUGUCUGCACCUGCCCUUAUGUCUUUGAUGAUAUUCUUUAUUAGGUUUUUGUUUUUGGCCAGCUGCACAUUGCUAAAUAGAUUUUCUUGAACUCCUAAAGGAAGACCAUGAAAGGUUUCAUACUUGUAUUGACUGGCAGACAAUAGCUCCCAUUCACUUUGCUCAUAUCCUAAAAGUGUGCCUAUGUACUGCACCCAUGUUAUUUUGUGAUGCACUACACAAGAUGCACUUCUACUUACUCACAUUUGAUCUUCCUUUAGUAGGCUGAAUUUAUUCUUGGAUGGAUUGCAUCAUUGUUUUUUCACCCUCUGAUCUUAUAUAGGUUUAUAAGAAGCUGUUAUGUUUCUCUUUACUUGUUACCUUCUAUGUUGUACAUAGUGCCAGUUAAUUAUCUUCUAGUUUGUCUGGUAUUUUGAAAGGGCUCUCCAACUUCUAAGACAAUAAACACUGCAUUUAAUUUAUGAUAUACACCUUCACAUGACAAUCACUUGAGUUAUAGGGAAGAGUAGGAGAACUCUCUUCUAGGCAGUUCUGCUCUCUGUCAGAGUACUAUUGCUCUAGCAAGGAUGUUUCAUGCCAAGAACAGACGUCACUCUGUCCUUAUGUUGAUGUGCCAUCUAUUAUGGGGCCAUCUAGAAUGUGUAGCACAUGUAUAGAGGUUGACAAAAGUCCCUACAACCUGUGAUCAUUAAAAUAACACUUCAAGCAAUAUAGCCACCACAGCCUGCUAGGUCAUGCAGGAUUGUGAUCAUUUCAGCCUAGUAUGCUAGACCAUAUGGAGAUCACUUAAGUAGAAUGGAGCUGCGGGUCUUCUAGCAGAUCAGAGCCAGUCAAAUUUGAGUACUGCUAUCUUAAACCAGAACUAACUAAUAUUAGCAAUUGUUUUUUUUUUUUUUUUUAACAUUUUGACAGCCACUAGAGGCAGGUUAACCCUGCAAUAAAAACAUUGCCAUUCCUGCAGAACCGCAAUGUUUGCAGCGGCCAAGUUAAAACAGGGGGAGCAUUGCACCUAGGACGUUUCCUAUGUUUCUUUAACACACUCAUUCGUUUUAUUUUUCUGCAUAAAUAUAACAAAACAAAUGAGAUAUGGACCUUUAAAGGAUUACUAUAGUGUCAGGAAAACAAACCCGUUUUCCUGACACUAUGUCAUCCUUGGGGGAACCUCACCAUCAGGAUCCCACUCCCGUGGCGCUGAAGGGGUUAAAACCCGUUCAGCAGUUUACCUUAAGCCGGCGCUGGUGACCUCUCCUCCUCGCCUAUGUCAGCUCCUGAGUGGAGCGGAAUAUGCAUGCGCGCGCAUUUUAACAGUCCAUAGGAAAGCAUUUCUUAAUGCUUUCCUAUGGACGUUCUGCACGCUGGAUGCGCAUCCAGUGUCCCAGAAGCGCCUCUAGCGGCUGUCAGGAAGAAAGCCACUAGAGGUUGGAUUAACCGUGCUAUGUAAACAUAGCAGUCAUUGAGCUGAAGUGGUCUGGGUGACUAUACUGUCCCUUUAAGGAAAGUCUUUGCAUUUGGUGAUUUAGUAGAAGAAAAAAAGAUCUAGGAGAAAUAGUAACAGCACACUAGGGCUGCAGUUAUAUAUAUUAAAUCUCUAAUAAGCGCAAAGCUUCUGUCAGCAUCCGUCUGAAAUUUUGGUUAUAGAAAAGCAGAGUGCCACUGAUUGGCUGAGAGCGGUCAGCUGAUGCUUUUAGCCAAUCCAUGACUCCUCAUUUAAUAAACUGACUUGCAAAUUUUUUUUUGUAAAUUGUGAGUCAGCUGACCACUCUCAGCCAACCAGCAGCGCUCCAGCAGGCAGUGUCUGACAGCCACUUGAGGCAUAAUUAGUGACAAUUGUAAACAUUGCCAUUUAUUCCAAAUGGUUAUGUUUACAUUUGUCAGACUAUCCAUCUGUGGCAUCAUAUACCAGGUACAGUAAAAGUUAAUAGGAGGUAUUUUGGAAUGGAGAAGGUUUUAGAUGCAGUAUUCACAAUACAUUUGUUUCUUAAAACCUUUUAAAUUUUAUUUAUUUAUUUAGACCAAACCCUAUUCAAUGCAUAGACAAUGUUUCAAUGGAAACUCUAAUGGAGUUUCAAUGGAAAUGUAAUGAUUGAACAGUCACUUUAAAAACUACGUUUGUCAAGUGUCAAAACAUUCGUUUUUGGUUUUUUUUUUGGCAUGUGGUUGACCUUUAUUUCUGCCUGGUAUAAGCAUUUACAGGCCAGGAGGGUACAUGAAGCUGUAAAUGGUAUGGCCGCAGCAUGGUGCAGUUUGGCAGUGCUAAAAAUAAGUGUUCACUGGUUCGUACACAUGGAGUUUGGCAGUUGUCUUACAUUUAAGUUGUCUUUUUUUGAGUGUGCAGUAUAACUGCACUCCAUGGUUUUUAUCAAUGGAAUUGUGAAAAAUCUUAAGUGUGAGGGGAAAAAGCAUAUAGUUCUAACACUUUUUAAGAAACUGCUAAUGUAGAGUAUUCUUGCUUUACAAAGGUUUUUUUCUCCCUGGUUUAUAGGGGUUUUAAAAGCUGUUUGAAAUGAACAACCUAGUAACUAAUGCAUGUUACUUUCUUAAAGGAACAGUCCAAGCACCAUAACCACUACUCCAUAACCACUACAGUACAUUGCACAACCUAAUGUAUAUAGUCAAACGGUUUGAUAAUAGUUGUAUUUCUUUUUCUUUUUUUUUUUUUUUUCUGUUAGCUCUCCUGAGCUAAGCCACCCAAAAAUUAGCUCAUUGAAGUACCCUUGAGACUGCAGAAAAAGCAGUGUGCAACAACUAGCGAACCCAAUGAGACAAGCCGUGAGCAAACAGUUUUAUUAUUUACAUUGGGGGUGGGGUGCCAGUGCGUGCUGUAGUGGUUGUGGUGCCUGGAGUGUUCCUUUAAUUAAUUUAUGGUUUUCUUCAGUAUAGUCAGUUGGUGGGUAAUGGUUUAUUCCAAAAAAAGAUGGGGGAACAUUUCAGAUAGUCAGUUAUGUGAUGAAAGAUCAACUUAAACUAGUUAGAGCUUAAAGUGGAUCUAUCCCUACCCUCCAUACCCAAAAAUAUGUAUUUUAUAAAGAUAGAAUCUUUAUGUAAUACUCACAUUGACUGCUUUAGAUCCUCCGUACACUGACUGUUAUCCUCCAUAGACCUCAGUGCUCUACUCACGCGCAUGUGUGAGAGUACAGUGUGGACAUUGCCUCCUAGCAGCUUAAGCACCAGUAACUGAAAAUGAUGCAGUGGAUAAAGAUGGCGGCACAUGAGUGGAGCAGGGCCCCUCCCCAACCUACACUCAGCGGAGUAGUCACCGAGGGUAGUGUUUUUUUUUUUUUUUUGCAAAUUAUGCAAAGACCCCAGAUGAUGAGAGAACUGCUUUAAUUCCUUGUAGGAAAGAAUAUAGAUUUUCAUAUUUCGUACAGAAUCUUUAUUUAAAUCAAAUUAAUCUCUGCAUUUAGCCUGUGACAGGAUAAAAUAUUAAGUGUUGGCAUUUCCAUGUUUAAACUUGUUUGUCAUUUGUCAGUUAUUGCUUCAAACUAAGACAUUUAAAAAUAAAAACAAAUUGUAUUUUGACCAAACGUUUUCUCUCUGCAGGAAUGUUUUAAAGGAAGCUGGGCAACACACAAGCUCCUCCACAAGAAAGCAAGUAAGGAAUCCUUUGGACAAUUUCAUACCUUUUAUUGGCUAAGCUUAAAGUAACUGUUCACACAGAUAAAUAACUUCAGCCUGCUGAAGCACUUUAUGUAUCAGGAUCUUCUCAUUUUAACUGAAGUCUAAAUCAUCACUUUUAUAAAUAACUGAAGAAAUACUGCCUUGGUUGAGGACGUUGUCUUCGAUUGUGGUUAGAUUCAGCUGGUCCUGAUGGCUGUUUAAAAAUAUAACUGCUCCACUGAAGGUGACAGAAGGGGCAGCUACACUCUGCUAGAGUGCGCCUGCUUUCUCCCACUGUCACAAUAGUCCUGUGAGCGUGCGUGUGUCCACAAACCUCAUUGAAGACCUGUGUCCUUCCUGUCUGCUGUCUUCUGACUUCUAAUGGCGCUGAAUACAGUUUAAUAUGAAGUCUAUAUACUGGAAAGUUGUGCUUGAGCUUGUGGUUUAAAAUCCUGGGCCUCUCAAUGGUCAUUUCUCCAGGACACACUGAAAGUUUGUUCUGUGUAAAAAGGGUAGGGCUUCUUUUAAAAGUUCAAACAUCUUCUUAAAAUAAUACAUUUGUAUAUUAUAGGUUGUCCUAAAAGCUACAGCAAGACUUUUUGAUGUCAGAGCAGUGGAUUUUUUUUGUUUGUUUUUAUUUUUGUUUAAAGAAAUCUAAUUUUAAAAUAAAACUGUGUACUCGUUCUAAAAGCAGCAGGGGCAUUGCAAAAGUCUUAGCUCCAUGUCAAAAUGUGAGAUAAUUUCCUUCCUUUUCUAUUUCAUAAAUAUGAAUCAUAACUGUAUACGGGAUAAAGCCUACUGAGUGUGAUGUUUUUGCCUCUCUGUAUUUGAAGCAUAAGUGCCACAGCUGGGUUUAAUCUCAUCUUGUAACUUGGGUCUGGGGAUUUUGCCCAAAUAAAGUUUUACUUGUGUGGGGCACUCCUGUUAAUAACCUUGUGUGGACCUCUACUCUUAUGCAGCUGUUAGUGCAGAAGGACAAGAUUCUAGGGAUUUCUCGAACAAGGGACAUUCCUAAAUGUGUAUUUUAUUUUACAAUUCCUAUAAAUCAUAAAGAUAAUGCAAAAAAAUGUUUUUCAUUAUCAGGGAGACAGGGCUUAAAAUUGGAAGAGUGAAAAUGUUGACCCCAAGGUAGAUAUACUCACGUGAAGCUCUCACUUGUGCGCUCUGCUGUCUUUCUUCUGGCACUUCAUCCACUAGCAGCCAUGUCCCUGUCAUCCCUUCUUUGUCUUUGCUGUGGAGUCGGUGUGAAUUUCAUAAAGAACAUAUCUUAAGAAAAUGCUCAGAAAUAACAGAGCCACUUUAACUAAGGCUCAAUUUAUAUCAUUUUUAAAAUGCAGAUUAUUGUUAGCCUUUUGGGUGCAUUGCCAAUUGUCGAUAUUCUGCACUUUUAAAGUUUUUGCAAAGCAACACCUUUUUAUGCAAAAUUAGCAUUAUAUGAGCAUGCUCAUAGCAAUUGCACUUCUAUCUUUCUCAGAAAGCCAGUUCAUGCUGGGAUUACUGAGAUCCCAGCAUGCACAGUGCUGUUACCGAUAGGAGUAUGAAUGCUCACAGCAAUUAUCGGAAAUAUGCAGAAUAUAGGCACUGAUAAUCGGCCUCUCCCUAGCUUAAAUAGUCUAACACUUAUGUACAAAUUAUUUUUUACCAUGAGUGUAGAGUCAGGGUAUUACCAUGUGUUUCAAUAGCCAUAAUUAUUUGGUUGUUGCAUUUUAGAUACACCUUUACUGUAUGGUAUACAUUUCUGGGAGGUUUGCCAUCACAUAAAAGCUGGUCUUUUAAACUGCAAAUGUGCUGCAAUUGUGUAAUUUUUAGAUGCUUCAAUAUAUCUAUACUUUUGUACAUGCAGUGCAGCCCAAAGUUUCAUUAUAGUACUGAUAGCCCACAAUAGCUUUCAAGAUUUUUUUUUUUUUUUUGUGAUUGCAAACUUCCAUACCAUUUUUUGCAACCCACGUAAACUAGUAUGUAUGGUUUUCUCUCUUUUUAAAUCCUAUUCUAAUUCUCUGCAUCUAUAUUUUUCCCUCCUCUUUAUUUGAAUGCAGAAGACGACAAAGGCAAACGUGAGGUUUCACCAUGGACAAUGGAAGGAGAUAUAAACACCGAUCCAUGGCCUGGUUAUCGGUAUACUGGAAAACUGAGACCACAUUAUCCAUUGGUACCUACACUAGCAUGAAGCAAAUCUAUUUAUAAGACAAUUACAUUUGCUUUUUUUAAUUUGAGAUCUGUGUAAAUUCAUUUUAUUGUCUACAAAAUGAUAAUAUAAUUAGAAUUUUAAAUUGAUAUAUUUUGUUUUAAGGGUGGCCCAGGAACCGCCUACUUUCUCCCUUUAAAGGGAUAUACCCUAAGCACCCAAACAACUUUAGCUUAAUUAACCAGUUCUGUUGUAUAUAUCAUUAGCCUGCUGUCUCACUGCUAAAUCACGGUUGUUCUGUUUAUGCAGCCCCAACCGCAUAUCCCCUGACUGUGACUCUCAGAGCCUCCAUUAAAAAUGUUUUUAUUUUCAAUCAGAUUUUACAGCACAGUGUGUUUACUUUAGAAGUUUUUAUCUCUGACUCUGUUACGUGAGCAUUAGUUACAAACAUGAGGCUCUAGCAGGCAAUUACCAGAUCAGGAUAUAAUAAAUUCUACAUUAAACACACUGUGCAAUAAAUGAAAAUUAGAUCUCCCUUUACAGGACAUGUGUAGCGGGAUUGUGUGAUUCGCAGAUCACUGUCCAUGUUUUAUCCAUGUUUUAAAUUAAUUUGUGUCUCAAAUGUUGAUACAUAGGUCUUAUUUCUCAUAUUCCUUACUGCAAGGUAGGUAACCUUUGCCACUCCAGAUGUUGUGGACUACAUCUAUCCUAAUGCUCUUACAGCUAUAAUGCUUUUAAAGCAUCAGCAGAAAUGUAGUCCAAAACCUCUGAAGUGCAGAAAGUUGCCUACCCCUGUGAGUGGUGUUAUAAUUUUUACAAAUCAAUAUUAAAGGCGGUGCAGAAAGAGGGAUAAAAUAAUAGGUGGGGAAAUCUGUAAAUUAGGUAUUAUCCCAGUCCUACUUCAAGUUGGUUGGCUUCUACAAAAGGCAUUUAUCACUAUGCUCGCUGUACUUUUUGUCAUACCUUUUCUAAAUUGUUUUAAGAUACUUAGAUAUCUAACAAGUUAUCUCUAAAAAGUUAAUUCAUCAAUUGUUGUUCCACUUUUUUUGUCUGUUUAAUAAUGGGUAGUUGCAGCAAACAAUAUAUUGGAAAGACUACCGAAAUUUCAGACACUGCAUUCCUCAACUUGUCAAUUCGGUCAUCAACAGAAACAUAACUACCCCAGUGACACCACAUGUUAGGGCCUAUCAUGAUAGUGACCCUACGCAUUUACAAUUUCAGGCUACUCGAGUAGUAUUACUAAUAUCAGAAGAGAGAACCUUAAUCUCUCUUUACUAAAAUUAUAAUCCAAACAUUACAUUUUCAAAACAUGGUCGUCUAGAGGGCUUAAUAAUGAAUUUAAUUUGACCCCUUUUAUACGUUGGUAGAACUCUCAGCACGCUGGUUAUUCUUUGAUCUUUAUAUGCUUUUAUAUUUUUCUGUUCACAUUAAUAUUUAUAUUGUAUUUCUGUUUGAGCACCCUCUUUAAUGAUUCAUUUUAUCCUAGCUAUCAUCACUCACGGCAUUCACUCACUGUCAUCACUACCAUUCAACAAUUUCCUGACAGGGUGUUGUUGCUAUUAAUUGUACUAUUGUUUACUUGGUAGUGUUGAUUCAUAACUUGCACGUGGCAAUUGUUUUCCCUGUAUUGGUGCUUUACCUGUAUUUUAGCAUCAUAGUAACGUUACGAUUUCUCAUUUUUAGGCAAUCAUUGUCAAAGUAAUUUAUCUCCAGUCAAGCCUCUUCCUCAUAAUGUCCUAUUAGGACAUUUACAUUGUUUUUUGUUUUUUAAAUUCUGGUCACCCUUUCUCUUACUUUAUUAUUUAAUUUUUAUUUUAUUUUAUUUUUUAGAACUCUGUUAGACUAUUCACUUUCUUAAAGGUUUUUAUUUUUCAUUCUCUUCUUGAUUACAAAGAAGCAUUUUUGAUUAUAGGUGUUAAUAUGAUAUCUCUGCAAGAUGAGUUACCGGUAUACCCAAUUGGCAGGAAGUGGAUUAAUCUCAUAAGAGCAAGCAUUAGGCUUCUAGGAUAGGACCUGCCAACAAUGGGGUACAUUGACGGUGUGGCAGGCUUAUGCAAUAUAUGAUCAUAUAAUGUAACUAAACCCCCAUUAUUUUUUGCCUAGGUGAGGUGUUUUUAAAUAAAACUAUUACAAUUUCUAAGAUUUGAAAUCAUUGUUUAGUGAAUAAGCGAGUGCGCUGGAUUCUGUAUUUUGUAUAUUUUGGUCCCAGCAGCACCCUGUAAUGUAUGCAUGUUUAGGUGAGUGCAGCCCUCUUGGUUUUGUGUGUGUAUGUGUAUAUACUUUUCUAUACCCUUUCUUUGUAUUUUACAGUGUAUCCUUCUACAUAACUAUGACCAGAGGCAUAGCUUGGUCACAUUUUGGCAACCCCACACACACAUUUUAAACUUUUGUGUGUUGCCUUCGCACUAACUCAAUUCUUUGUUUGCAUCUCCUGACCCUUCUUGUGUGUUUUUUGUAAUCCCCCUUUCAUCCUCAUCCUCAUGCUUUUCAGUCCCCCUUUGAAAUCCUUUUACAUUUUUCUGUUUCUUAACCCAUAUUACUUCUUCUGUAUCUCUUAACCCACGUUACCUCUUGUUUGCUUCAUAUAAAGUAAUAUAGAAACAUAGAAUGUGCCCAUCUAGUCUGUCCAAUUUUCUAAAUACUUUCAUUAGUACCUGGUUUUAUAGCUAGGAUAGACUUAUGCAUAUCUCACACAUGCUUCUCUCUGUUCUCUGUUAACCUCUACCUCUUCAGCUGGAAGGCUAUUCCAUGCAUCCAAUACCCUCUCAGUAAAGUAAUACAUCCUGAUAUUAUUUUUAAACAGGCACAUGCACAGUUACAGGGAUACGCAAAGUCAGGCAUCAUACAGUCCAUGUUACAAGGACACACAAUUACAGGAGCACACACAUACAGUUGCCAAAUCUGCCUUCUGCGCCCCUUUUUUUAUGGGCACUGAUCCUAUUGGAGGAAGUGCAGGCCUGUGCAUUCUCUGGUGUCUAGUGUUUGGGGAUGCAGAGACUACUUCCCCCUCAGCAAGUGGCUGUUUGCAGGAAGGCAUGGCUGGGCUAGCUGAGCGAGUCUCCACAGCUGCUGCUUUGGUGAGUAUGGUGGCGCCGGCACAGUGCUCCUCUACAUCCAGUGCCCAGAGCUUCCCUAUCUUCCCCCUAGUUUCGCCACAGACUAUGACUUACUCAUUUAGAGAUUUUUCUACACAACAAUUUUUCUACACCUAAUAUUUAAUUUUUCUUUUUCAUUUUAAGGAUAUUUCUGCAUUGAUUUCCAUAUUAAUUUUGGAAAAUAUAACAUUAAGGAAUAUGAUAAAUUAGACAUAUAGCGAGUUGAGGCACACAUUUUUGCAUUUUAAUUAUACUAUUUUUAAUAAUGUACCAGUGAACAAAAGUUUUUUUAAUUUUCGUUAUUCUCAUUUACGUUUGAAAUGAUUUUCUGUUAGGGAUAACCCCCAUCUUUUAACUAGUCCUGACCACAUCUAGCUCUAUUUACCUAUUGUUGAUAAAUUGAAGAUUAUACUAGACAGGAGGUGAGUAUUUUGCAUAAAGCUCUCUUUACUGACUCCACAGCAGCAAAGAAAAAAGUACAACAAGAACCAAUUAAAAUGUAGUAGGAGGUAUAGUAUCCACAGUAGGCUGCUCCUCCUCUUUUAGCUAGCAACAUCACAGAUUGGGAAGUCCCAACAGAAUGAACAACUAUCUUCCUUGGCCUCACAGACGGAAAGAAUCAACAAAACGAACAAAGAUAAUCCUUUUGAAAUGUAGGAUAAACUUUGUAAGGCACCUCCAGAAGGAAUCAGAAUCCCACCUUGAAUUAAGCUGAAAAAAGAAUGUGAAAAUAGGUUAGGCACUAAUAUCGAACCCAUGAAAACAAGGAGUUUACCCCACUAUAAAAUGACAGAUAACUAAUUAUAGUUAAAUUAAUAAGUACUAGAAUUAAAAUUGUAUUAAGCACUAAAUCAUCUACUAGAUCCAAAUCCUGACAUGCAUAACUCUGCACCUGAUCUGAGGUUCGGAGUGGGGAUGUGACUUCCACGUAACUCCGUAAAGUCGAGACCGCACAUAGUUGAGGGUCCAUGACAAAAAAGGGAUAAAAUAUCAAGGAUGAAUUUGAUUUGGUGCGACGGGAUACCGGAAGGUGACCCGGUCCAGAGACCCGCAGAGGCAAAGCAAAAUCGGCAUGUUGCCGAAGUGAAAGUCUGUUGUUGGUAGGCCAGUCUCUUAAAAAACGGAGCACAACUUUGAUGUCCCAGAGGCAAGCAUAUUUGGGGCCUGGUGGUCAUUGUAGACAAAUAACUCUCUGUAAUCAACAUACCAUAGUUGAAAAAAGUGAUGACAAGAAGUUCAGAAUGGCUGAGGUGCUGUAAACUGAUCGAAGUUCUGUUCCAUGCACCAAGAUGCAAAGAGGUAGCAUCGUCUCGUCCCCGCUGCCCAUGAGUCCCAUAGGAGGUCCCUAGCAGUCUGCGAUAGUUAGCCGAUCAGCCAAGCGCCCCAAUAAAAGAGUCCAGGCCACCAGGGGCAGACGAGCAUCCAGCAACAUUGGGUGAGGGUUCCCUUCCAGAUCCGUGUUGGGUAGGACGGUAGUAGUAGUGGGUCUUCGUAGGACAGUGCCAGCAGAUCCUGGAACCAAGGUUGGCUCUGCCAUAGGGGAGUGAUUAGUAGUAGAGAUAUUUUGUGGACCUUCAGGUAAUGGAGAGUCCUUGCUAUCAUAGCGAAUGAGGGAAACGCGUACGCGCCGGUGAGCGGCCACGUUUGUAGGAAGGCGUCAACUGCUUUGCUCUCCGGAUCUGGGAGCCAGCUGAAGAAGUCUAGAGUCUGUUGUUGCGUGAUGCGAACAGAUCCAGAUGAAACUGGCCUGGUUGUGAGAGGGUAUUAAAGAUCUGGGGGUCCAGCAUCCAAUCGCUGCCGUCUCGCCAAUGGCGGGAGAACCAAUCUGCCAUGAGAUUAGUCUCUCCUGGCAGGUAUUCCGCCUUGAGGGAGAUGUUGCGGGGAAGGCAGAAGUCGAAAAUCUCUUUUGUUCUGACAGGAGUCGUGAGUGGGCUCCGCCCAACUGGUUGAUAUAGCAGACUGCAGAGACGUUGUCCAUCCUGAGUAGGAUGCAACAAUUGUACCGGUCUUUUGCAAGGCUGCGUAUGGAGAAGGAUCCUGCCAGGAGUUCUUGGCAGUUUAUAUGUAAGGUGAGUUCUUGUGAAGUGCAGGUGCCUCCUGUUGAUAUGCCUUUGCGUCCAAUUCCGGUAUGAAGUCCGGUGUGUCUCAGAAAAUGGCCCGACCGUUCCACGCCUGCAUGCUGUCCAGCCACCAUCUUAGUUCCUCCCUGACUUCUUCUCUACCGGUACUGGUUGGUCGUAGGUAGCGUUUUGACAAAGUAAUGAGGCCUUGAGGCGUUGCAUCGCCCUUUAGUGGAGUGGUCCUGGAAAGAUGGCCUGGAUGGAUGCUAACAGGAGACCCACAAUGUGAGCGAGUCCGCGGAGUGGAACUGUUUGGCAGCUGAUGACUCUGCAGAGUUCCUUCCGUAUAGCUGAGAUCUUUGACGUCGGCAGGUGAAGCGUGCUGGAUUUGGAGUUGAUUUCGAAGCCUAGAAAUUGUACGGUUUGGGAUGGGGUCGUAGCAGAUUUCGGGUGGUUCACCACGAAACCGAGAGAUUCUAGAAGGUCCAUGGUAAAGUGUGUGUGUGUGUGUGUGUGUGUGUGUGUGUGUUUUCUUAGUCUGGACUUGUUGGAGCAGAAUAGGAAGUUGUCCAGGUAUGUAAUGCAGCAAAUUCCUCUUGCUCGACGAUUAGUUACCACCGGCUUCAGUAGCCUGGUGAAGCACCAUGGGGCCAAAGGAAACGCCUGCAGGCGGAGUGGACGGGAACUGAAAGGUAAGCAUGUUUGAGAUCUAACCUUGUGAACCAAUCACCUUCUUGAAGGAGGUCUCGUAAGAGAGGUGAAUGCCUUGAAGUGGCGGUACACCACAUUUGCGUUGAGCUUCCGGAGGUUUAUAACCGGGCGGAAGUACCCGGUUUUCUUUUUCACUAGGAACAUGUUGUUGAAAAAAAAAAUGGAUUCCGGGGCAGGUUCGGUCAUGCCUUUUUGUACAGAGCUCUUGCAGUUUGAAGUCGAUGAGUUGGAAGUCCUCCGGGGAGCAGUUGAAGUUGUGGUGGAUCCGACUGGAGAGGCGUGUCGACGAGGUCUAUGACGUAGCCUCGAACCGUUUGUAGAAACCAGGCGUCCAACGAGAUGGUCGUCCAAGCCUGAAAGAAAAGAGAAAUACGGCCUGAAUGUAAAGGAACUGGAGGAGAAUGGUAGCUUACCUGACGGGAAACGUGUCUUGCCACAUCCGCGUGUGCCGCAACCUUUAUCCGAUCCUCUGGAAUAGGAGAAUGGUUGUCUGUAUCCCACCUCUGGGUACAACGGUUGGUGCCUGAAGGCCAAAAUCGUCUGACCGCACGGCCCCUUUGGCGGCCAGCCCUUCCAAAAGAAAAACCUUGCAGAAUUGUGCCUGAAGAUCUUCCCCAUAGAGAUCUGUGCUUUGCUCAAUGAGGUGACAACGUUAACAUGUCUAAUUCCUUAACCCCUUAAGGACACAUGACGUGUGACAUGUCAUGAUUCCCUUUUAUUCCAGAAGUUUGGUCCUUAAGGGGUUAAAGAAAGCUUCGCCAAAUAGUUUGUUCUGUGCCAGAGGUCCAAGCUCCUUGGUGCCCAAUUUCACCAACUUUCUGUCUAUGCAGAGUAGUGCUGCUUUACACCUCUCGGACGUGAAGGCAACGUUUGCAUUAACCACAAAACAGAAACCUCUUUCAACCCAUUUGCGUAUAUCAUGCGCCCAUUCCCUAACAGUGUUGGCAUCGACUUGAUCAGCCUUCUGGAAGGCGUUGUCCACCAGGUACAUAAUGCGAGAGAGGAGUCCGGUGGCAUCCAAUAAAGUUGUCCUGAAGUCCUCUGAAUCCCCUCUCCACCCCUAUACGGGGGUCGCGGCCACCUCUUGUCAUGAAGGUUGUCAUGACCUGGUUGAACUUAGGUGUUUGGGCAUCCUGGUCCUGUAGAGAAGGGCGUGGGCAUUCAGACUUCAGCCGGUUACGAACCACCUUAUCUAGUGGCUUGCGUAGCCAUAGAUGCAUAUAUUUUGCCAAGUGCUCUGGGGUUCCGGUCCCCUGAGCGAGGGUGUCGGAUGUUCCGUGGAUCAAAAAGUUUCUUGCCCGUCUGGUCCUGUAUGGUAUCACCCUCUUCCAGUGGGGGUUCUGCAUCCUCAGUCAUCCGAAUGUCGCGGGGAAGGGGGCAGGAGUAGUGGUGGGUGCAGAUUUACGUCGCUUAGUGGUUUGGGUUGUACCUUCUCACCCUUCCAAUGGCUUUUGCCAGGUUGGGGUUCCUCUUUAGUGUAGGAGUCUGAGGCCUCCAAGUCCGACUUGUAGCGUGUGCUUUGAGGUUUGGAGGAUUUGGGCUGAUCAGCCUUCGUCAUCAUCAUGUGUGACAGGGCCUUCUCCGUGGGCGCGACCACAGUCGCAUUUAUCAUGGUCUGGAAGUCCACAUUGGUAUUCUAGGAAUCUUCCAUUGUUGUAGGUAGGUCAGGGGUCAGACUUGUAGGGUAGCAUCCUACAGUGGUGAUGGUACCAGCAGUACUAGUGAAUACAAUCCAGCAGGAUAUAACUCAGAGUAUAGCACCAGCAGUACUAUAACUAAACCCCAGCAGGGUAUGAUAAUUCUGAGUAUAGUAUGAACAGUACUAUAAAUAUAAUCUAAUAUAAACCCCCAGCAGGGUGUAGUCUGACUGGGAUUUCUAUCUGGGCCUCACCCAGGUAUACAGAGUAUGCCAAAGCAGAGUUCUGAUCAUCAGCACAGAGUGCAUAGGGUGUUGAGGGUGCUCUAUAGUGCCUACCACAGCAGCAAGUUAUGACUGACCUGUGGGGACCCCUGCCUGGUUGAUCGAGGAUUCAGUUGAAAAGUAGCUUUUUGGGUCAUGUCUGCAGAGUUAGUGGAGAAAAAAUGGCACUCGUGAAACUCCUAAAAUGGCGGCAGCGGAUCUCGCGAGGUGCAAGAUGGCCGCCGAUACUGAUAGAUUGUAAUGGAUUGAUCCGGGCGUGUGGAUGCAUGCAGUUCGGAGGCUGUGAGGGAGCAGUUCAAGGUAGGAAGUAACUCCCCCUGGCGGUAAGGGGUUACCGCCGGGUUUGGGGGCUGGCGCAAGACCCGCGACGGUCGGGGAAAGGGGGGGUGCGCAAUAUUAAAAUACACCAAUACAAAAUAAGGCUAAAUAAUAACAAGCAGUGGUAAAUAAAGUGGUAGACAAAUAGGAAAAUGAAAUUGAAAUAGAAGAUAUGGAUAAAAGACUAUGUAUAAUCAAAACACAGAGAAGAGCCAAAAACUCCGACCUUUCUGCUGAUGGAGCAGCAAAGAAAAAGGAGGAGGCAAUUAACUGUGGAUACUAUACCUCCUACUACAUUUUGAUUGGUUUUUGUUAUACUUUUUUCUUUGCUGCUGUGGAGUCAGUAAAGAGAGUUUUAUGCAAAAUAGGAAGCCUCCUGUCAUGUAAUAAAAUUACAUUAUGGCUUGGGACUUUGAUAGAGUGGUCAUUUUUUUUUAGAUUUAUUAUAUUUUGUUUGAUGUAUUUUUUUUUCCCCGUUUGUUCAGGACAAUGUUUACAAUUUCCUACCCAUUAAUAUUUUAAAAUGUAUAAUGUAUUUAAGUAGCAACUCCAUUAACUUUCAUUUGCACAUGUUGCUACAGAUGCCAAUGAGACCAGUACCAAGCUACAUCCAGAGGCCAGAUUAUGCAGAUCAUCCUUUAGGUAAAUUUUUAUCAAAAGUGUGUGUAUUUUUGUUUUUUUUUUGGGGGGGGGGGGGUUGUACAUGGAAAGAAUAUUGAAAACAUCCUGCACAUCUGGUUUUAUCAGGAAAAAAUAUUUCCCGUUCAUUCAAAAAUAAAACCCUUGAGUAAAAGAAUGAUUGUACUUUUUGUUACUUUAAUGUAAUAUUGCAUGUUUCAUGUUUCAAUAAUGUAGAAUUAAGAAAGGAAACAAUAGAGAGAAUUUGCAUUUUUGACUUGGAGCUUUAACAAUCCACUUUAAUUGACAGCAAUAACUUUUCUCUUUUUCUCUCUCCUUUUAGGAAUGUCAGAAUCUGAACAAUCCUUGAAAGGUACCUCCCAAAUAAAAGUACUUUCUCCAGAAGAUAUAGAAGGGAUGCGGGUUGUGUGUAGGGUGAGUAUGCAACUUUAUUUCAACCUUUUAUGGUUAUUUACUAAAGAGAAUAUCAAAAUUAAGUUCAAAAUAACUAAACUGAAAAAAAAUCUAUCUGCUAUGCUUUCAGUUUGGCUACUCUGGUCUUAAAUAUGAAAUUCUCUAUAAAUUUUCACUUUAGUAAAUGACUCUAAAUGUGUUUUUUUGUUUUGUUGUUUUUUUUUUUAUUUAAUUUUUUUUAUACCUUAUUCUACAGAAUUGAGCUAGCUAAGGAAGUGUUUUGCUAUAUACAAUUUGCUCAAAAUAGUGUUUUGCAAUAUUUAUUGCGCUCAAAGUAGUGUAGACUCGUUACUGAUUAGCCUGGCAGUGACUUUUUUUGGGACCAUUCUACUGAUUUUAAGGACCACUAUAGGGUCAGGAACACAAACAUGUAUUCCUGCCCCUGUAGUGUUAAAACCACCAUUUAGGUUGCUUGUCCCCCCCUUAAAAGGUAAGAAAACUAUUUCCAUUGCCAUGCAGAUCUGCUUGCCCUGGCCCUGAUCUGCCUCCUCGGCUGACAUCAGCAGAAUCCCAUGGGAAAAGCAUUGGAUUGGCUGAGAUCAUCAGUGAGGCCGGGCGGAAUUAAUUAUUCUCUAUGAGGAAAGUUCAGUUUCUUCAUGCAGAGGGUGGAGACACUGAAUGCCAGUACUGCAGCACUACCCCAGAAGCACCUCUAGUAGCCAUCUGAGGAGUUGCCACUGGAUGUGCGGCUAGGAUGUAAUGUAAACACUGCUUUUUCUCUGAAAAGGCAGUGUUUACAGUAAAAAGCCUGCAAUAAUAAUGUAAAACAGUAAUCUGAUGUGACAUAACCUCAAUAAAAUGCUUCCUGUAAAUUGGGCACAAUAUCAUUUACAUUUCAGGACAUAUCUACCUAUAAAAGUAUUUUCUAAAUUAUUUUGAUGUGUAUAAAUUUAACUGUUUUGUUUCAUGUAGGCUAGAUGUACCAUUUUGGUACAUUUCUUAGACGUGGAGUGCUUCUUUUCUUUAUUUAACAUGUCUAGUAGUAUUUGGAAGUGAGGGUGGGGGGAUUUGUUUUAAAAACUGUUCUGCGUUUAUAGUAGGCUACAUCAUGCUUUCCAAUUUACCUUGUUAAAUGUUUCAUCAUCCUUACCACCACUGGCUUUCUAUUUUUUUGGGAUGUAACUCCUUGUACUCUGAAGUAGCAGGUCUGCCAGCAACAGAUAGUUAUGAGUACUCUACCAUGGAGUUGGUGGAUGAUCAAUGAGCCUAAGUGAAUAGUAGUUGUAACGGAUCCCAAUACUCCAGCUGAGUAUAUCCAGGAAGAAUCUCCCAAGUCCCAAGCGCAGUAGGGGUUAUAGUAGUGAAUAUAGCUCCCAAUCCCCCAAACAUUAGCCUAGACUUAAUCAAGGGGUAAAACGAUCGGCUGAAACAGGGUCAUACUCCUGAGCCAGUGCACCUUGUAAUCUCCACUGGAACUCCUCCUCAUAUGGGGACGCUGCCCGGGUGCUAGCUCGCGCCAUCUCCUGAGUUUUUCUUUAUAGAGGGGUGCUGCUGCACUCACUGCUUUCCCUCGUUUGGAAUAUCCAUUUGGAAGAAAAAUCCCACCGCUUGCCACCAAUGUAAUGGAUCUCAAUACUCCAGCUGAAUAUAUCCAUGAAGAAUCUUCCAAGUCCCAAGCGCAGUAGUGGUUAUAGUGGUGAAUAUAGCUCCCAAUCCCCCAAACAUUAGCCUAGACUUAAGGAAGGGGUAAAAUAAAUCUGUUUAACCCAGGCUCAAUGGCCUGCUUUUAUACAAUACAGGGACACAGUAAACACGCCCAUGACACUCCCAUAAACACACCCACAAAAUGUCAUGUCACCAUGGCUAAGCAUAAAAUGAUAAAUUAUAGAAAACACACAAAAAUACGUAUUUCCAUAGAUGAACCCCCAUAGUUUAUACAUCACCCGGAUAGCCUUGAUCUGAGCGCCCAACGUAUUCGAAAAGCGCUCAGAUCCCACGAACACAGCCGAAAUGCCCCCAUGUGGAAGUUCUGAGCGGACGCACACAUGGUCCUAUGCCAGUUCCAGGGUGUUCCUUAAUCUAUUAAUAUAUUCCUUAAUCAAGAAUUACGAAGUUAAAUAUUAUUCAGCUGAUCAAACACCUAACGUGCCUCUUAAAACCACACAAAGGCAAGCUAAAUAAUUUCAGACAAGGUGAAACGCUAACGCAACCAUGCUUACUUAUAAUGGAUACCUCUAUAAUUCACAAAUUACCUCUAUAAAGUGACUUGUGCAAAAAAAAUAAAAUCCCAUAAGUGGUCCAAAAAGUGUAUUCAGUAAAGUGCAAUAUGAAUACAAAAACCUUCACAUAAGUGUUCUUAAAUUCAAAGUGCAUUUAAUAGAGUGCCCUCUGCCUAUCCAGCAAAUGCAGUGUAAAUGUGUCUCUUCUUGCAAAAUCAUACUACCUAUGCAAAUAAUACAUAUGCUGAAAUGAAUGUAUUAUGUAAUUUGUAGGGCUGAGUAAAAAUGUUGUUAUCUACCCUUCCUUCCAAAAUGUUAUCUCUUUGUCAGCACAAAUGAUCAUAAUCUGGAAGUUUUGCUGAGUAGUAUAGGGACUGUUAAAACUCCAGAGAGAGAUCAACAAAUGAAAAUACACGUCAUUACUUAACCAUAACAUUUAUAUAUUUUUUCAUUAGAAUGUUUUGUAACGCAUUUUUAUUUUUCAAAUUUUCAGCUUGCUAGAGAGGUGUUGGGAGUGGCUGAGUUGAUGAUUAGAUCUGGGGUAACUACAGAAGAAAUAGACCAUGCAGUGCACUUGGUAAGUAGUUACCAUUUUUCUUAUUUGACCUCAAAAUCAUUGAUUGAUUAAAAAUAAAUCAAAACUGAACAUGUAUUAUUGGGUUUUAUAGUUUGAAAUAUUUGAAUAAAGUUACAUACUGAAUUUUGGCAACAUUUCAAGGAUUAUACAGACAACCAUGCAAGCUUAUAUGCACAAAGGGAUAUAUUUGGGUUAGUUAUUAUUAUUAUUAUUAUUAUUGCCAUUUGUAUAGUGCCAACAGAUUCUGCAGUGCUUUACAAUAUUAUGAGAGGAGGGAUUUAACUAAAAAUAGGACAAUUGCAAGAAAACUUACUGGAACGAUAGGUUGGACAAGCUCCCUGGUAGCAUCUUGCGUAAGAAAGGGGCGGAUGCGGGCUAUGUUGUUAAGAUGGAAUCUACAGGAUUUGGCAACAUACUGAAUGUGAGGCUCAAAGGUGAGACCAGAAUAAAGUAUGAUGCAAAGACCGCGCGCUUGCAAGGAUGGACUUAUGUGGAUACCACUAACUUGAAAGGAGAACGAAAGAGAAGGAUCAGUAUUAGGAGGAGGGAAGACAAGGAGCUCUGUUUUAGAGGGAUUGAGUUUCAGAAAGCAGGAGGACAUCCAGUCAGAGAUGGAAGAAAGGCAAGCAGUGACACGUUGCAGGACGGCAUGGGAGAGGUCCGGGGAAGAGAGAGAUAUCUGGGUGUCAUCAGCAUACAGGUGGUAGUGGAAUCCAAAAGAGGUAAUAUGUUUGCCAAGGCAGUAUGAAGAGAAAAGGACACCAAGGACAGCUCCUUGGGGGACUCCAGCCGAGGGGAGGAGGUAUCAUUAGAAAAGGAGACACUGAAUGAACGUUAGGGGAGAGAGAAGAGGAAAACCACAAGAGGACAGUCACAGAGACCGAGUGAUUGAAGAGUUUGAAGAAGGAGAGCAUGAUCAAUGGUGUCAAAGGCAGCAGAAAGGUCAAGAAGAAUUAGUAUGCAGUAGUGGCCUUUAGAUUUAGCUGCGAUUAGGUCAUUAGUAACUUUGGUAAGAGCAGUCUCAGUAGAGUGGAGAGGGUCAAGGAGAGAGUUGAAAUUGAGGAAGUGAGACAUACGGGUAAAGACAAACCUUUCCAGAAGGAAAAAGAGAGCAGGGAUAUGGGACGAUAGUUAGAGGGGCAAGGCGGGUCAAGAGAUGUUUUUUUUGGGGGUUUUUUCAGGAUAGGUACUACAGUGUCAUGUUUAAGGGCAGCAGGGACAACACCAGAAGAGAGAGCCGUUGGAUAUGUGUGUUAAGGAAGGCACAAGAUAAGGGGAUAGAGAUCUGAUGAGGUAAGAUGGGACAGAAUCAAGCAGGCAAGUGGUGGGGCGAGAGGAAAGGAGAAGCACAGCCACCUUUUGUUCUGUAGCCGUGGAGAUAGUCUGAAGGUUAGGAAAGGCAUGAUUGGGUGGGAGAAUUGGCCCACAGUGAUAGCCCGAGGGAGGAAGUAAUUGAACGUUUAGAGGCUGCUGAGGUCAAAGGUGGGUUAAUGUGAAUACUGAAGUCUCUGAGAAUUAGGGAUGGAAUAUUAGAAGAGAGGAUUAGGUUAGCCUAAAGUGGUCAAGGAAGAGGAGAGGGGAACCAGGGGGGCGAUAAAUAACGGCAAUGUUAGCAGAGAAGAGUUUGAAAAAGGUGAAUCAAAUUAAUUUCAAAUGAUGGGAAGGGGUGGGUAGAGGUUUGAAGGAGCAGUGAGGUGAGAAGAGAAACCCUACACCACUGCCAUUACAUUCAGAGUGACUUGGGUUGUGGGUAAAUAAAAGACCACCAAAGGACAAAGAUGCAGGGGUAGCAGUGUCAGAGGGGGAAAGCCAUGUUUCUGUUAAGGCUACUAAAUCUAGGGAACGAGAGAUUAAGAGGUUGUGGACAGCAGUGAAUUUUGUAAUAUUGCAAGCAGAGCGUGCAUUCCAGAGGGCAGUAUUGAAGGAGGAUUUAGAGAAGGAGUAACAUGAGAUGGGUAUGAGAUUGGUGUGGUUCCUUGAGUUAGUACGUGGUGGGUUUGCCGAGAUGGGACCGGGGUUUGGAGAGACAUCACCAGCUGCUUGGAGCAGAAGGAUAGAAAGGAAGUGAACAUGGGAGUAGGAUUUGAAAGUUUUGUAGGAGGGUAUGUAUAUAGGGGAUUUGGGAGGAGUUGAGAGAGAGAGAGAGAGGCUGGAAAGGUAUAUGUAGAUUGCAUGGGAUAAAUAGAGGGGAGUAAAGUGGAAGUAAUGAAGAUGGUGUUGCCAGGAACUGGUGAGCAGUAGGAUAGGGAUAUUUUAGUAAUGAGAGAAGUUAGUGUGAAAGUGAAAAAUAGAAGGGAGAGCAUUUAUAGGAAAUGUGUUUUGUUAUAUAGAUAUGAAGAUUAUACAUAUGCACAUAUAGAAUACCUAUGUGUGUAUAUAUGAGUAUGAACCAUGGUUAAGGAUGCAGUUUAACAGAGGGAUUUCAGGUGAGGAGAGGUUUAGUGACUUGGUUAGUUAAUAGUUUCUUGUUAUGCUAUUGAAUUGGGACAUGGUUUAUAACAUUGGACAUACUCUGCAUUUUCCAGAAUUAGGGAUGUCCAAUUAGGCAGGAUUUUCUGCUGAUACAAGUAUUUACAGACUAGUCUAGAUGCAUACUUAUAGACUUGGCAUAAAAUAACCUUUUUAAUCAGAAUUAAAUUAAAGCAUAGGUAACCAUUCCCUUUUAAGAACAUUUAAAGCCGCUCUCUUACCAACUUGUUACUAUGGCUAUAUAAUAAAGAUAAAUCUGACUGCCUUGAAAUGAAAGACUAUGAAAAGAAUACAAGACAAAGUAAGGACUAUGUUUUACAGUCAAAGCUUUGAUUAGUAAAAGACUGAGCUUCUGAGGUCAGGUUUUGUCAGUCUCUCUCCAGCCUCCAUAAUAGAAGGGGACAUGUUAUUUGCAAACAACCUUAUAGGUAACAUAGCCUUUUAAAGGAACACUAGAGAGUCAGAAAUACAAACAUUUAUUGCUGACACUAUAAUUUUGAAACCGCAGUUUUGGUCCCCUGCUUCACAAAACUCACACUUUUUCAGUGCUGCAUAAGUCUGUCAUUGCUGGCUCCACCCUUGCUUGAUCUCCACCAAUCCAAUGGUUUCCAAAACGCAGCACUAAUCAUCUCCUCCUUCUAUAGAUGCAUUGAAUCAAUCCAUCUCGGAGAAAUGUUCAUUGUCUUCAUGCAAAGCAUGGAGGCACUGACUGUCAGUGGUGCACAUUGUCUGAAUGACUACCACUGGAGGUGUUCCUAGGCAGUAGUGUAAACACUGCCUUUUGCAUGGACAGGCAGUAGACACCAGAACAACUACAUUAAGCUGUAGUUGUUCUGGUGACUAUAGUGUACCUUUCAUUAAACUCAAAGUUGGUGAUCAUAGUUAAAUAGGUUAAUUUAUUUCAUGCGGUGAAGGUGUCUGUAAGUGUUAUUAUCUUGCAUGACAAUAUUAUUUUAACAGAUGAAAUUCAAUUACUUGAAUUAGUCAACCUAUCUAGAGAAUGGUUUUCCUAUUUCAGUUCUGUGGUUUAAUAAUAAAAGAUUGUUGGUCCUUUAAAGUGUUGUCGAUUGUUGGCUUGUCACUGGUUAGAACAUAAUUCAAAACACUCAUCUGGAUUCAAAAAUAGUACUUUGUAAUACCUUUUUCUUAGUAAUGUAUUUUUUUUUAUUUUUUGUUUUUCUCGGGGCUGCCCAAAGUGAGGUUACAAGAUAGAAAACCUGUAACACUGACAUAGAGAUCCCAAACUAAGAAUUUUCAUAAAGAACCAUUAUUAACCAUUUCUGCAGAUCCAGGUGGAUGGCAAUGUUUCAUGCCUCUCUACCUUUCUUACCUCCUACUUUUGGGGCGUUAAUGUUUUGAAGCUGAAUUUGGAAAUUCUGAGUCUUUACAGAAUACAACAAAAAAAGGACCUAGACUUACACCUAACAAUAUCAUUGUGAUCUUGCAACAGACAUAAUAAACAGCUACAUUUUCAUAAAGAUCUGAACUCUUGUUAAAUUUUUGCCUUCCUAUGGGAUUGAACAAUACAUAAAUUAUAAUUCGGCAUCCCAGAAUUACAUGGUGUUUGUAUUUUUUAUUUGUUCAUUUAGGAAUAUUCUUUUCUACACUAGUACAUUGUUAUGCUUUUGUUUUAGAUUACAUUUAUGAUUGCUAACCAAAACACCAAAAUUCUGUCAUGCACAUAUAUUGGUUUAUGCCUUGUAGAUGCAUAAACUAUAAUACAAUCAUGCAGGGAUUAAUUUACUAUUGUUGUUUUAGGCAUGUAUUUCAAGGAAUUGCUACCCUUCCCCUUUGAACUAUUACAACUUUCCGAAAUCUUGCUGCACGUCUGUGAAUGAAGUAAUUUGUCAUGGAAUUCCAGACAGAAGGCCUUUGCAAGAUGGAGAUAUUGUUAAUGGUAAGAAAUACUGCAUUAUAAGCUGAGAGGUUGAUUAUAUGUACUAUAAGGUCAUGUAUAGUUAUUCUUGGUAACGUGAGACAUCAAAUCAUAAUAGGAAUAUUUACAAUUAACCAUAAACCUGAACUUAUUUUCAGGGAAUUUAUUUUAACACCACAAGUUCAGUGUCUAGGCACUGUAGUCACUUCAUCUGGCUCCAUUCUUCCAUUCAGUUUUUAAUGUUUUGAUCCUAAACAAGAGUCCACAGCAGCCCGCCUCCCCUCUGUGCUGUUCAGGUUAAUGAGGAAUCAUUUUCCUGAGCUACAGUCGACAGCAGUGAUCGGCUAAAACUCUCAGCCUAUCACAGCUGGUAUGUUUUGGUAUGGCACGGGAGAGUGUAAUCUUUAUGGCAUCCAUCAUUUUAUAACAUGUGGGUGCAUGGCAUGGUAGGAACUGCAGAAUGCCUUGUGCCGGUGUCUGUGGACACCUCUGCAUGAUACCUUGGUGACCACAUUUAUCACCUGCUUUUAAACAGCACUAGGCAUCCUCUGAGGCAGUGAGGGUCCAUGGCAUGUAUAAUUUGUACCCAUGGCAUGUAUAACUUGUACUGACCAAUGGCUAGUGACCAUUAGUAGGGGGAAAUCUUGAGCCUUGUUAUUGGGAUUACUUACUAAACUGUGAAUCCUCUGGAAUUCAUUGCCACAUUGCAAAUCAACUGUUUGCUACAUGUUUUACAUUUGCAUUUACUUUGUGAAUUCCCAGCAGUUCUUGAAUUAGUAAAUAACCCUGUUUUUUCCAGAAAGAUAUAAAAAAAAGACAAUUUCUAAAAGUGUAAAAAAUAAAUAAAAAGUCAACUAAUUCUACAUUUUGUAGAGGUAUUGUUGUCCAGACAAAAAAGGCUAAGAACUAGCUUUGUAAUGGUCUUUCCCUAUUAUCCUAAAAACUCAACUGCAUAGUAGGAUAUUUGCUUUUGAAAACAUGCCCUGUCAAGUUUUUGCCCAAAAUGUGUGCAAAACAAGCAUUUAUGAAGAUCUUACAUUUGCAAUUAUUGCCUGCCUGAAAGUUACUUUUACUCUGCUUAAAGGGACACUAUAGUCAACUGAACAACUAAAGCUUAGUGAGGUUGUUCAGGUGAGUGCUACAGCUCCCUGCAGCCUUUUUCUUGUAAGUGUUUACAUUGGAAGCUUGGAACACCUCUAGUUGCAGUCAAUCAGACGGCCACCAGAGGGACUUCAGAGUUCAGAAGCCCUAAAAAGGCUUCAUUCACGUCUGACGUAUUCACACAUGGGUGAAUGCGUCAGACGUGCUAUCAGCACACAGAGCACUGUGAACGCGCUUUGUGUGCGGAGGCUGUCAGCACUGCGUGGGAGUGGCUUGAGCUGACAGGUCUGACAGGCUGAACACCGAAGAGGAGGAGGGGAGGACUCAAACUGUAAGUAAACUUAUUUAGUGAGGGUGAGUGGGUGAGGAUGGAUAUGGAUGGAUGGAUUUUGGGAUGGAUAUGGAUGAUGGGAGUGGAUGGAUAUGGAUGAUGGGAGUGGAUGGAUUUGGGGAUGGAUGAUGGGAGUGGAUGGAUUUGAAGAUGGAUGAUGGGAGUGGAUGGAUUUGGGGAUGGAUAUGGAUGAUGGGAGUGGAUGGAGGGAUAUGGGUGAUGGGAGUGGAUGGAUUGGGGAUGGAUAUGGAUGAUGGGAGUGGAUGGAUGGAUAUGGAUGAUGGGAGGGGAUGGAUGGAUAUGGAUGAUGGGAGUGGAUGGAUAUCGAUCGGGAUGGAGAGUGUGUGUGUGUAUGUCUUUAAUUUUUUACUACUUGUGUGUUUGCAUAGAAACACUAUAUAUAGAGAGAUCUCUAUAAAUAGUGUUUCUAUGCAAACACAGUUUUGCUAAGGAGGGGGGCGGGUAUAGAAAGCGAGCUGAGCUGUCAGUCAGACAGCUCAGCUCGCGAACGCGCAUUCCGCUCACAUGCGCGGUAGGGGCGCUGAGUUCAUUCAUAGGGCGGCAUCCAAUGCCACUCUAUGAAGAACGCGAUUGGUGCAGCGUGAAGCCGCGCAUGCGCACUGGAUCGCGAUGACGCUUCACUGAGAGAAGCGUCUGAGCCCUGCGAUUUCUGCAUUUUGAUGAAAAAGUGGGCGCGGUAUGGCUGGGAGCUCGGCGCUGCAACGGAGGUAAGUCUUUAUUAUAUAAAAGCCUCGAAAAUUUGUUUUAUUAAAUGAAAGUUCAUAUAAAAGCAAGAAGGAAGUCUGGGGGACCUGUCUUUCUUGCUUUUAUAUGUAGACUGUAGUGUCCCUUUAAUUUUUAGUUGGGCAUUUGGGUUUUUCUUCUUAGGUAGGAAACUCUUCUUUUACAGUUUCCACAAACACUGCACUGUUUUUACAUCCAUUAUCUAGACAAGAGAUCUGGCUAGUCGGCGAUAUUGUUAAAUUUUAAUUUUUACUCUCAUUUUUCUUUUAGAGAGAGAGUGUGUGUAUGUAUAUGUGUGUGUUUGUUUAUAUAUAUAUAUAUAUAUAAUAUAAUAUGACUGCAUUGCUCAGUAUAAAAGCCAGCCACAACCUCCCUGGAUUUAUAAAUUUUAGUCCCUAAGUAGUUUUACCUCUAUCAUUCAAUCUGGACUGACCAUGGAGGUUUUUUCCCCUCCUAAUUUACAGCACUUUCAGAAGCACUCAUAAUGGAUAGGUAUGUACACUAUUGUUAGUCUGCUUGCAUUGCCCUCCCAAUCUUUGCGAUUAUCUGCAUAACUGCUGUAAAUGACACAAUCCACAUUUUCACCACCUACACAUCACCGUUUCCACCCCAUGAUAACUGUUAAAGGAACACUAAAGUCACCAAAACAACUUUAGCUUAAUGAAGCCAUUGUGGUGUAUAGAUCAUGCCCCUGCAGUCUCACUGCUCAGUUCUCUGCCAUUUCAAAGUUAAUCACUUAGUUUACAUAGCCCUAGUCACACCUCCCUUCAUGUGACUUGUUCAGCCUUCCUAAACACUUCCUGUUAAGAGUCAUCUAAUACUUACACUUCCUUUAUUGCACGGUCUGGUUAAUAAUUUAGAAUGUUUUAUCUACUGCACUGUUAAUAGCUUGCUAGACCCUACAGGAGCCUCUUGUAUGUUAUUAAAGUUCAUUUUACAGAGCAGGAGAUAACUUUUAAAGUAAGUUACAAUUGAUUGAAAAUGAAACCAUUUUUUUCAUGCAGGCUGUGUGAGUCACAACCAGGGGAGGUGUGGCUAGGGCUGUAUGGACAAAAAUAAAAGUGGUCUUACUCCUAAGUGGCAGAGAAUUUCAGCAGUGUGACGUCAGGGGCAUGAUCUAUACUCCAAAACUGCUUCAUUAAGAAAAAGUUGUUUUGGUGACUAUAGUGUCUUUUAAAAUUCUCUAAAAAUAGUUACCUUCUAGGAUUGGCAAACUGCUUCCAGGUAAAUGUUAGCAAUGUAAUCUCAGAUACUAAUUUAAUAACUGGUUUUGGUGUCUUUGGGGUUUAUUUUCUGAAAUAUGAAAUGUAGCAAAUUGAAAUUCAUAACUCAACAUUAAUGCUAAUUUAGCUAAGCUGUGCCUAUAUCGAAAUUUAAAACUUUUUCUGAAUUUGCUAUUUUUGCAUGAACUUUACAAUCUAAAGUUUCAGUUCACUACGAUUCUGAGUAUUAGGAAUUAUUCUUAUUAUAUGUGUUAUAACACUUCUAGGAGUGUAAGAAAAAUAAUCCCACAAUGCACAUCUUAUCAUGCAGCACAGUGCUUGCUAUUACCCUUCCUUCUGCUCUUAGUCUUGCUGCAAUUUUAGAUACAAGUGAAAAACCUACAUCUAAGACAUAUUUAUUGCUCACUAUGUCUCUAUAUUCUGAUUGUAUAAGACUUAAAUAGUAUUACGGAGGCUUGUAUUACCAAAUGUAUUACUGUUUUAAAAUCUUUAUUGUAUCCCUUUAAUCACAUUAAACACACCAAAAAGACUAACUUGGUAUUUACUUAUCUUUAAAAAUAAAAUAAAAAUUAAAUUAUAUAAUUUUGUUUUUUUUCAGUGGAUAUUACGGUUUAUCGCAACGGGUACCAUGGAGACCUCAAUGAAACUUUUUAUGUUGGUGAUAUGGACGAAGGAGCCAAAAGACUUGUUCAGACGACCUAUGAAUGCUUAAUGCAAGCUAUUGAUGAAGGUGAGGGCUAUUCUGGCUUCUGAUUCCUUUGAAGUUAGUCUUUUUAAACAGAAUAGAAACCUCAAAUGUAUCUUCCUGGAAAUCAUUAUUUUCAAAAAAGAAAAUGACAUGACAAUUGUAAAAUUCAAAAUAAUUUCUUUGGAAGCUCCUGUUGUGUAUUUGUCCGUUCAUCUCUGCUUGUAUUUAUAUUGCCAUGUGUCAUAUAUAGGCAGUAAACAUAUAAAAAAAAAAAAAAAAAACAAUGUAAAUAGCCUUUCCGUGCUACUCUCAUAAGAAGUGGGUGAUAUCUCAAAUUACACGUUGUGAGAUAGAUUGGCCUGUUUAAUGUAAUAUAAGUCAUUUAUGGAGUAAUUUGAAUUUGUAAACUUGAUGCACAAAAAUUAUACUUGGAUCUAGAAUCAAUAUUACAACCUGGAAAUCAUGAAAUGGCUCUAAUUUAACCCUGUAACUUUUUUAAAACGUUGCAGCGGUGUAUACGUGAUACUGCUGUACUUAUGAGAUGAAACUGGGAUCAUGAAUGUUUCUUUUUCUCUCUACUGUAGCACAUAUUAAUUUAAGAGAUGCAAUACACAUAUGCAUACAUGAAAAGUAAUACAUUAAUGGGUCACUCUAAGCUCUAAACUAGUUCAUCCUAUUGAAGUGGUUAUGGUGCCAAGACCAUGUCCAUGCAGUUGUUUUUUUUUUUCAUGUGCAUAGAGCCACCUCCCUUGGCUGGAAUACAGUCUAUCCGGUAGGCAGUAUCCAUUUUGUGCAACUUUUGUGUCUGUCAGUACACAAUGCAUGCUCACAACAGACACAUUGGACAGAAUUCCUUUGGCUGUGUUAGAUGCACACGCAGAGUCAUAGCUUCUGCUGCCCUGCUUACAGGCAAUAUAACUGUCUGAUAAAGAAAAAGACGUAGCGCAGUGCAGCCUCUGCCAUGUCUUGGUCUGGAGGUCCAAGGGGAAAAUAAAAGGCUACUUUGCUGGGAAUUUAUGUGCCAUGGACCACAACUCAUCAUUUUCAGUGAAACAAUGGCUCUGGCUGGUGGGAGUUAAAAUAUACAUCUGAUACAAUAGGGUACUUGACACACCCACCCACAACCACACCACCCCCCAUCCCCCCUCUCACACACACACACACACACCCCUUUUGAAUCCUUUUAAAUGCAAAUACUUUUUAUUUUGUGAAGGCUGUUAUGUUUUGGGUUUUUUUUUGGACUAGCCGCCCCUUUAGCAUGAAUAAAAUGUGGUUGACCUUAUCGAAUAAGUUUGAUCCUUGCUUGAAAUGUGCCUUUUAAUUUAGAAUACAAGACUAACACACUUUAUAUUAACCGUCUUUCCCCCAAACCUUCCCUCUCUUUCCCAGUGAAACCUGGUGUCCGAUAUCGAGAGUUGGGGAACAUUAUUCAGAAACAUGCCCAAGCAAAUGGAUUUUCUGUUGUUCGAAGCUACUGCGGACAUGGUAUACACAAACUUUUCCACACAGCUCCCAAUGUGCCACAUUAUGCCAGUAAGUUUGCCAUAAAAUGAGUAUACUGUUUUAAAUUAAAUAUUCUUAAUCUUUAAAUGCAUGUUUAAUGGACAUAUGGAAAGAUGGUACAAUGCAUGUUAUUAGGGAUGUUGUUGACAGUGGAAUAGAUACUCGAGUAGAGUCAUUUGUCUGUUUUACAGGCUUAGUAUAAAAGCGUUGUCACAAAGUGUUUUCCUUCUCACCAUGCAUUCUUAUAUAGUUGUAAUAUUCUCAAUUCGCAAGGAACAUCAGGCAGUAAGUAUGGCCUUGCCCCUUUAAUCCUCAAUUGUAAACCUUUUAUUUUUUUGGAAACUACAAUGUUUACAUUGCAGGGUUAAAUACAACAAAACUUUGUCACAUGAUGUGAAAACCCACAUUGAAUACAGUGCUUUGCUAUGAGGAAGCUUGAAUUCAUGUGUGGCAUUCGCCAUGCAUUCACACCAGGUCCUUAAUUCUCCUUUAUGAGGAGCCUUGGAUCGGUCCAUUGCAGGUGAGGUGAUGCCUCCUCAAUGAGGUUUCUGGACAUUUUAUUAAUUAUGUAUGGCAAAUGGUGCUGGACAGGAGCACUAUAGGAAUACAGGUUUGUAUAUAUAACGCUAUAAACAAGCACGUCAGGUGCAAACACCUAAUCUCAUCCCCUGUCACCAUCAUACCAGUUUAAUCAUUAUCAAAUGGUUUAACGCUAAAGUAGUGUCCAUAGUUGCCUUAUCACUGAUGAGCUUCAAGAACAAAACAAUCGGGUACAUUUGUUCCAAAGCUUAGAAAAUUUACGCUUUUAAAAGGGGGGUAGUCUUUGUUACGGGUUACUCAAUCUCAUCUGUCCCUGAGUGACAAUGAGAGGAAAUGUGAAGAAACUAGGAACUGCACAAAGCUUACCAUCUUAUUGAUGAAAUGUAAUGCUAAAGUUAGGGCUUUGACAUUUAUGUUUACCGGUGGAACUACCUAACUUGUGUUUGAUGAUAGGAGUAUAUAUGGCCACAUCAUGCUAUAUUCCACAGUGCUGAGAAAACCAUCUUCUCCCAUAUCACAAAAUGUCUCAAAUUGACCUUGGAAGAUACUUAACCUUGCAAUAGGACAUGGACUACAAACAUGCCGUUUAAAAGUAUCCUACAGGUUCUAGACCAAAACCAAAAGUGUUCUUGAAGGACCAAGUCGGUCAUCUGAGCUCAUUAGAAAUUAGUUUGUUUCACUUGCUGAUGACAAGAGGGAAGAAGAUAACAAAUUAUCCUUCUGAUCAGGAAAGGUUGAUGACUGCAGUAUACGCAUGUCAAAGUCUUCAGUCAAUUACUGAAUGCAAGUAGUUGCUAUGCUGACUAAGAAUUGUUUCUAAAAAAAUUUGUUGGGUUGAGUUUUUUUAUACUUGCAAAAAAAAAGACUGUAGCCAUUAUACAAUUCUUGCUUUAGAUAUAAAAGUACACUCAGAUUAUAUCUGUGUACAGGUCAUCCUUUUAGAAAUGCUUAUUUCAGUUGGAAGAGAGACAAAAUAAUUGUUACGGGUAUCAUAAAAGUCUAAGUGCAAAAUAGUUACUGAAACCCAAAAUAGUUAACCAAUUUCUGUUAACUCCACUUUUUUUGUGUGAAAUGGGGACUUCGGCAAUUUUGCUUAAUGCAUACUUGAUGGACCACUCUAUCACUGGCUAUCAUUAACCCCUUAAGGACAGAGGCAAUUGUCCACAUUCUGAAACCAUAAAAAAAACAAAAACUUGAAUUUAAGCUAUAGGUUUGUUCCACCAUAAUUUAAGGGUUUUUACUCCAUUACCCCCAUACAUAUUAUCUAUUGUUUGUUAAAAGACACAAAGGGCUUUCAUUUAAUAUACUUUAUGUAUACCGAACACAACAUUACAUGUGACUAAAAUGUGGGAAAGACCCAAAAGUUUUCACAUUUCUACUUAUUUGUACACACCCAGUGCAACUAAUUAACAAGAACUCAAAAUAGUUUCACAUAUCAGUCCUGAUUGUUAGAUACCUAAUAUGUUUAGGAUCUAAAUUAAUGUUUGAUAAUUAACACUAACCUUGUACAAACCAUAACCCUUAUCCACACUAAUUCUAACUGUAUGCCUACCCUAAUCUUACCCUUAAUAUCAACGCUACACUCUCUUCACCCAUGAACUUGGAUUAACCCAUACCAAGCAUUACCUUGACCCAACCCUACUCUUACCCCUAUAUCUAACCAAAUCCUAUCCCUACGACCAACCAUAGUAAUAUGGUAGCCCACUACUAACUUAAAAUAAUUAAAAUCUAAAUGGGUUUUACUAUUUAACACAGUGGUCGUAUGAUGCCACCAUCUAAUGGCCAUUUUCAGAAUAACACUUGUGAAUUCAUUCUUUUCAAAUGUUUUUUAUUAAUGGUUUUAUAUUUUUACAUCAAUAUAUGCAGUACUUUUAUAUUGAAUACAUACAAGACAAAAUUGUAUAUGUAAUAUGAAGAUGCAUACAUCAAAUGUACAAGAAGAGUACAAACAAAACAAAAAAAUGUGUUUAUAGUAACAGGGGCGUACCUGGAGCAUCUGGCACCCGGGGUGGACCCUGUGUUUGGUACCCCCCUCUUUAAAAUGUAAAAAACACCCAUAAGUUGUGUUUUUUGUUUUUUUUUAAAUGUAAACUGUAUAUCAACUUGAAAAAAAAAAAACCCUAGCCAUCAAAUUCAUACUGCCCUUCAUAUAACAACCCUGCACCCCCCCCCACACAUAAAAAUCCUGCACCCCCUAUACAUCAAAUUAAUAUAAAAAUACACUUAGAAUGACGUUAAUUAUAUAUAUAUAUUUCCACGAUCCCAGCACUCUAGUACCUGGUCUUUAACCACUUAGUGACCAAACCCUUUUUAAAUUUUCUUACCGUUUAUGUUUAGCUGUAAUUUUCCUCUUACACACAUUAUAUACCGUUUUUCUUGCCAUUAAAUGGUCUUUCUAAAGAUACCAUUAUUUUCAUCAUAUUAUAUACCGUAUAUACUCGAGUCCGUCUGUAUUGUGGCAACUUACAUUGCCACAAUACAGACCAGGACCGCUGGGCUCAUUACAAGCCCGGCGGUCCUGUUGGGGGCUGACAGCGAGCUGUUACUUACCUUCCUGCAGCUCCUGUCAGCUCCCUCCAGAUCAGGAAAUCCCUCUAAUCUAUGCUUUCGAAACUCAUUACAAAAUAACAGAUGUUUUUGGCGGUUGUGUAACAGAUUUUGGGGGUCAAAGUUAGAAAAUGUGUGUUUUUAAAAAAAAAUUUCAUCAUAUUUUACAAUUUUUUUUUUUUAUAGAAAAUGAUAUACCGUAUAUAUUCGAGUAUAAGCCAAUCCGAAUAUAAGCCGAGGCCCCUAAUUUUACCACAAAAAAAACUGGGAAAACUUAUUGACUCGAGUAUAAGCCUAGGGUGGGAAAUGCAGCAGCUACUGGUAAAUUUCUAAAUAAAAUUAGAUCCCAAUAAAAUUACAUUAAUUGAAUAUUUAUUUACAGUGUGUGUGUAUAGAAUGAAUGCAGAGUGUGUGUUUGUGUGUGUGUAUAUAUAAUGAAUGCAGUGUGUGUAAACUGGGUGAGGGGACGGCAUUUUUAUUUUUAUUUUUUUAUUUUAAUAUUAUAUUAUUUUAAUAAUAUUAUUUUAUUAUAUUAUUAUUAUUUUUAUAUUAUUUUAAUAAUAUUAUUAUUUUAAUAUUUGCAUUAUUUUUUUAAAUGUUUUAUUUUAAAAAAUAAUGCAAAUAUUAAAAUAAUAAUUGUUAUAUUAUUUUAAUAUUAUAUUAUUUUAAUAAUUUUUUAUUAUUAUUUUUUUAAUAUUUGCAUUAUUUUUUUUGUGUGUACCCCCCUCCCUGACCAGGCAACAAGCAGGGAGGGGGGACAAAAAAACAUUUAAAAAAAAAUAAUGCAAAUAUUAAAAUAAUAAUAUAAUAAUAAUGCUGCUGCAUUUCCCACCCUAGGCUUAUACUUGAGUCAAUAAGUUUUCCAAUUUUUUUGUGGUAAAAUUAGGGGCCUCGGCUUAUAUUCGGGUCGGCUU